UAGUACUGUAUAUAUUGUAAACAAACAAACAAACACAACAACAAAAACAUUACAUCAGCAUUACAUAUUGGUCAUCAGCUGCCCCGCUCUCUAAAUAUUGGCACUGACCAUUGAAAAACUCAGUCGGCCAUUAGAUCUUAGAGAAACUAUUAUGACUCAGAGAGACUAUAAUGACUUUUCUAUUAAUUAAAACAGCAAUAUUAUCACGGCAGUGCAGCAAUCUGAGCCCAUAGCUUGAGGAGAAUGUUAUGGAGCAUAAAUGGCAAAAAUCAUUCAAGUGCUGUCAUAAUCUACUGGUGUAGUGAUUCUGCUCGAGUCCUUUUCAUAAUGACUUUUCCAUCAUAUAGUAAUUCAUUAUGACUCUGCAUCUCUCAGGGGUUAAAAUAACCUUAGCAAAUAUAAUGCAUUGUAAUUUCUUGCAUGUCGUUCAUCAUCAUCAUCAUUACCCAGGUUGUAAUUCAUUGUUGAUUAUGCAUGUCUAAAAUCUAACUCUGUGCUACUAACUCCUUCCUGUGAAUUGCUGUAGAUUUGUGAUUUAGCUGAGAGAGACGAUUGGCCUUAAUUUCACCUUUUGAGAAUGGCUGCUUCAGUGGCUGCGAAAGCCCAGCCUCUUCGGAAAGUUCACAGAGUUGGUUCCAUCUAUGAACCUCUAAAGUUGUCCAUUCUCCAGCGUGAGGAUGAGCCCCUUUGGGAGAAGCUAGACCGCUACUACAAUGCCGUCAAGAUAACCAUUUUGAACUACCAGAGUCCCACAACUGGCCUUUUCCCGGUCAAAACAUGCUCCACCUGCAAGGAGGCCAAGGUCCGGGACUCCCUCUACUGUGCUGCCAGCGCCUGGGCCCUGGCUUUGGCCUAUCGACGCAUCGAUGACGAUAUGGGGCGAACCCAUGAAUUGGAGCACUCUGCCAUCAAGUGCAUGAGAGGGAUCCUGUACUGCUAUAUGAGACAGGCUGAUAAGGUGGAGGAGUUUAAACAGGAUCCCAGCCCCUCCAAGUGUCUGCACUCAGUGUUCAACGUAGACACCGGUGAUGAGGUGCACUCCUACAGCGACUACCACCACCUGCAGAUCGAUGCCGUUUCUCUGUUUCUGCUGUACCUGGUGGAGAUGAUCUGCUCUGGUCUGCAGAUCAUUUACAACACUGAUGAGGUUUCCUUCAUCCAGAACCUGGUGUUCUGUGUGGAAAGAGCCUACAGGGUGCCUGACUACGGCAUGUGGGAGAGAGGCAGCAAAUACAACAACGGCAGCACUGAGCUGCAUUCCAGCUCUGUGGGCCUGGCUAAAGCUGCUCUGGAGGCCAUCAAUGGAUUCAACCUUUUUGGAAACCAGGGCUGUUCAUGGUCUGUGAUAUUUGUGGAUCUGGACGCCCACAACAGAAACAGGCAAACCCUGUGCUCCCUGCUGCCCCGAGAGUCUCGCUCACAUAACACAGACGCAGCCUUGCUUCCAACCAUCAGCUAUCCUGCCUUUGCAGUGGACGAUGAUGCCCUUUACAGUCAGACACUGGACAAGAUUGUGCGCAAGCUGCGAGGCAAAUAUGGAUUCAAACGAUUCCUCCGUGAUGGCUACCGCACCACGAAUGAAGACAAGGAUCGCCGCUACUACAAGCCUGCUGAGAUGAAGCUUUUUGAUGGAAUCGAGUGCGAGUUUCCCAUAUUUUUCAUCUACAUGAUGAUUGACGGGGUGUUCAGAGGAAACAAAGCUCAGGUCAAAGAGUAUCAGGAGCUUCUUGAACCCAUCAUAUUCCAGUCUUAUGAAGGCCAUGCUGUGAUCCCCAAAUACUACUACGUACCGGCUGACUUUGUGGAGGCAGAGCAGAAACAGCAUGGAAGCCAGAAGCGUUUCCCUAGCAACUCUGGCCGUGAUGGGAUGAUCUUCCUGUGCGGUCAGGCUCUUUUCAACAUCGCCAAGCUGCUGGUGGAUGAGCUGAUCAGCCCGAAAGAUAUUGACCCCAUCCACCGAUACGUUCCCCGCCAGGACCAGCGCAACGUCAGCAUGCGCUACUCCAAUCAGGGUCCCAUAGAGAACGAUGUUGUGAUUCACGUGGCCCUGAUCGCAGAGAGCCAGAGACUUCAGGUGUUUUUGAACACCUAUGGCAUUCAGACCCAGACGCCCCAGCAGGUGGAGCCAAUUCAGAUCUGGCCUCAGAAGGAACUGGUCAAGGCAUAUCGUUUCCUUGCCAUCAAUAAGAAGCUGGGUUUGAGUGGGCGUCCAGAGAGGCCAGUUGGCUGCAUCGGGACAUGCAAGAUUUAUCGUAUCCUGGGCAAGACGGUGGUGUGCUACCCAAUAGUGUUUGAUUUAAGUGACUUUUACUUGUCCCAAGACGUUAUGCUGCUGAUUGAUGACAUAAAGAAUGCUCUGCAGUUCAUCAAACAGUGCUGGAAGAUGCAGGGACGUCCUCUCUUCCUGGUUCUGAUCCGCGAGGAUAACAUCAAGGGGAGCCGCUUCAACCCAGUCCUGGACAUGCUGGCCUCUUUCAAGAAGGGCAACAUCGGAGGGGUCAAAGUUCACGUAGACAGACUUCAGACCCUGAUAUCUGGAGCAGUGGUAGAGCAGCUGGACUUCCUGCGUGUCAACGAAGCAGAGAUCCCAGAGUUUAAGAGCUUUGAGGAGCUGGAGCUGCCGAAGCACUCCAAGGUGAAGAGACAGAUGAGCACACCCAACGCCUCUGACCUGGAGCAGCAGCCGGAGAUCAAUGUGGAGGAGUGGCUGCAGAAGCCCACCAAUGAGAUCAUUCAGAAGUUCCAUGACUGUGACUGCUUGGCCAGUCAGGCUCAGCUUGCAGGAAUCCUUCUCAGGAGAGAAGGACCAGACUUCCUUGCUAAAGAUGAGAACCUGAUGGAUGAACUGGAGAGAAUCUACAGAAGAGCUGGCAGCAGAAAGCUUUGGCUGGCAGUGCGCCAUGCUGCUGCCAUUAUCGAGAAGUUUGCCAGCUCUAUAGCUCCUCACAUCACCACAAUACUGGUGCAUGGGAAACAGGUGACCCUCGGCCUAUUCGGGCAGGAGGAGGAGGUGAUCUCCAACCCACUGUCGCCAGGGGUGAUCAAGGGCAUCAUCUACAACAAGUGCUCCCCUCAUGGUGGGCAGCGGGAGGCCGUUCUUCAGCAGGAGCUGGUCAUCCAUAUCGGCUGGAUUAUCUCCAACAACCCAGAGCUGUUCAGCGGCAUGCUCAAGAUCAGAGUCGGAUGGAUUGUCCAGGCCAUGAAACAUGAGCUGAAGAUCAGAGCAGGAGACAUGCCCCCCCAGGACAUCUACCAGCUCUCUCCCAGCGACAUCAAGCAGCUCCUGCUGGACGUCCUGCAGCCUCAACACACCGGCAGGUCUUGGCUGAACAGGCGUCAGAUCGAUGGCUCUCUGAACAGGACCCCUCUGGGCUUUUAUGACCGUGUGUGGCAGAUCUUGGAGAGGACCCCCAAUGGUAUUAUGGUGGCUGAGACUCACCUCCCACAGCAACCGACUCUAUCUGACAUGACCAUGUACGAGAUGAACUUCUCCCUGUUGGUGGAGGACAUGCUGAAGAAAAUUGUCCUGCCUGAGUACAGACAAAUCAUAGUAGAGCUGCUGAUGGUGGUGUCCAUAGUGCUGGAGAGAAACCCGGAGCUGGAGUUCAGCGACAAGGUGAAUCUGGACGCUCUGGUGAAGGAAGCCUUUAAUGACUUCCAGAGGGAUCGCAGCCACAUUGAAGGCAUCGAGAAACAGGAUGACAUGGAGGCAUUCUACAACACAACACCAGUGGGAAAGAGAGGCACCUCCAGCUACCUGACUAAGGCCGUGAUGAUCCUGUUGCUGCAAGGGGACGUCAAGCCCUGCAAGGACGACCCGUGCUCUGUUAGCUAGAUUUACAAUGCUCUGACCCCGAGGCCCAGUCUGCUGCAGUGUAGUCAUAAAAUGGUCUAGUGAGGAUCCAUCACAUGUAGUGAGAAGAUAACCUCUAACCUCUCAAAUCCUCCCUUAGGCAGGACUCUGCACUCCUCCAAGCUACAUUUUUUCCUUUUGCCUCAACAGCCAUCGAAGAUGUAAGUAGAAAUAUCAGUUGGCUUAGAUUAACAUGUCUGCAGUUUGCUCUCGGGGUUAAACAACACCUAGCAGUCAUGUUUAAUAUAAAAACUAAAAUGUUAAGAAUUUGAGAAAUACAAUAUCACCAGGGCCUCGCUUCUUUUACCUCUACACAUUAGAGUAUGAGUUACAUUGAUUUGCUCUAGUUAUUUAUUACCAUUAGUGGCUAGUCUUGAGCUCAUGAUA